CAGAGAUCCUGCGAGCUGACGUCAGCACGCCUUUAAGGAAGUGAACACGUGGGUCUUCUGAGUUCUCCGAGCUCCGCGCUGUUGUUGGUUCUGGCAGACUUGAAGACUGUAUUACAUCUUGAGCUUGAAGCAGACAUGGCAGUUCGAGCUUCAUUUGAGAAGAACAAUGAAAUUGGAUGUUUCGCCAAACUCACCAACACAUACUGCCUAGUCGCAAUAGGUGGAUCAGAAAACUUUUACAGUGUCUUUGAAGGUGAAUUGUCAGAAACGAUCCCAGUGGUCCAUGCUUCCAUUGCAGGAUGCCGCAUAAUUGGUCGAAUGUGUGUGGGAAACCGUCACGGUCUUCUUGUGCCCAACAACACAACAGAUCAGGAGCUACAGCACAUUAGGAACAGUCUUCCAGACUCGGUUCACAUUCAGAGAGUAGAAGAGCGUCUGUCUGCACUGGGAAACGUCAUCGCCUGCAAUGACUAUGUUGCUCUGGUCCACCCUGAUCUUGACAGGGAGACGGAGGAGAUUUUGGCAGACACUCUGAAGGUGGAGGUGUUCAGGCAGACGGUGGCAGAGCAGGUGCUUGUGGGCAGUUACUGCACCUUUAGUAACCAGGGAGGCCUUGUCCACCCAAAAACAUCUACUGAAGACCAAGAUGAACUCUCAUCUCUUCUACAAGUGCCUCUAGUGGCUGGGACGGUAAACCGUGGUAGUGAGGUCAUUGCUGCUGGCAUGGUUGUGAAUGACUGGUGCGCCUUUUGCGGGCUAGACACCACAAGCACAGAGCUCUCCGUCAUAGAGAGUGUCUUCAGGUUAAGCGACACCCAGCCCAGUGCCAUAGCAACCACCAUGAGGGACUCACUGAUUGACAGCCUUACAUGAAGUGAAUACUGCGUUGAAAAGUUCUGGAGACUAAAUAACAACCAGAAUGUGGACCUCACCCUCACAUGGAACGUUUCUCCCUCUUCCUGUACAGAUCUCUCUAAGGAUAGAGAGACUCUUUGUACCACAUGGAAAUUUUGUGUAAGAUUAUUGUACAAACCAGUAAAAAUGAUCUGUGGUUGAAUAUCGUGGUAAAAUAACUUGACAUGCCAGAUAUUACAUUUUACUGGUAAAGUAACAUUUUUGUGUAAAGAAGUUUGCCGUUAAAGAGUUUUAUUCUCAUAUCCAUGAUGUAGACAGAAUGCAGUGCUCAAUCAAUAAAGCCUUGUAUUGUCAACACUCA